GUGACAAUGUCCAUGUCACCCUGUCCCUGUCGCAGGGAGGCGCUGGCUGUCACCGCCCAGCUCUGCGGGCCGGAGCUGGAGCGCUACGGGCGCUGCGUGGCCGCGAGCCCCGGGAGCUGGCACCGGGAUUGUCACCAGCUGUCCCUGAGCGUCACCGAGUGCGCCUCCAGCCACCCCCUGGUGCGCCGCAUCCGCCGCGACUGCUCCGACUCCUUCGGGGCCUUCGAGCGCUGCCUGCGGGAGCGGCCCCGGAGCGCGGCCGAGUGCGGCCCCCACGUCAGCCAGUUCCUGCUCUGCGCCCAGAAUGUCACCCAGAGUGCCACCCCCAGUGCCACCCCCGGGGACAGCCCCAGGGGGACCUCCCCAGAGAAUCCCUGGAAAUAAAACCCCUCCGGGAACGCCGGGGAAGCCUCGGAACCUUCCGGAAUCUCCUCCCAAACCCUGGGAAUCGCCCCUCUGGAGAAGGAGCCCUGGGACAUGGCGCCUGAUCCGCAAUUCCCUGCGCAUUCCCGAGCUCGUAUCCCAAAAUUUGGAGGAAGAAAUAAAAAUUCCAGCGGGGUCUCCCCAGGAAUCUUCGGGAUGGGACCAAAAA